UUAGGAACAUCAGGAAUAUUAAUUGAGAGCGAUAAAUUGCUGCCAUGUUUGAAAAAAAUCAUUCAGUCAUUUUCAGGGUCAAAAAAGCUACUUUAGAUGGGACUAAACUGCUUAACUCUUGCACCCUAAUGAGUGUUCUACGGCUUCAAUACUAGGAAUUUCAAAGGCCUGACUCUAUUUUUAUCUCAUAAAAAACGACUCACAAAGUUUUACUGACGUUUUGCAAUUUCAGUGCUGUUUUUGCGCAAUUUCCCUCCAACAAAGGCUUUUUACUGCGCGUUUAGUGCAAGGACUUGUACAAAAUUUCAGUGGGAAGUAAUGAUUUUAAGUACUCAAUAAUAUUCUUGCCACCAGUAUCCAUUUCCUUGAGGAACGCAGAGGCCAAUACCGAGCGGGCAAGACUGAUCCUCUCCGUUCAGCGAAUCACACCGCAGGAUUUGGUUCAUCAUGCCCGGGCUUACGUAAGGUCCGUAGGGUGGGCAAACUGUGAAAACCUUGUGCUGGCUUACGUGUUUAUCAACGAUCAAACAGUCCGGCCGCGUUUCACGUGCAAUGAUAAGUGAAUUAAUUAUCGCUUCAUGCUUGAAGGAGUAACAAAGAAACUGACAUAUUAAUGUGGAAGGGAUUUAAGCCCAACAUGCAUUGACCUGUGGUUUCAGUGAACAAGAUAAUUAAAAAUGUGUUCCAUUGUCAGCAGCGCACGUGGCAGCUUCGUCAGUUAAGAAAACCUCAAACUCGGAUAAUGAAAUGGAAAAAACGUUUCCACCAAACUGGUCCAAAAAUAUGUCACCAACCGAAAGCGAAGUCAAUUUUCCGAUGGAUUACACUGUCACAGAAACUGCUAUUGCCGCCGCUACCUUGCUGAUAAUAAUGAUUACAUGUUUAGCGGGAAAUGCCGUUAUUUGCUACGUAGUUCUUCGCAACAGACGAAUGUGGACAGAAAUGAACAUGUUCUUGGUGAAUCUUGCCAUUGGUGAUAUUGCUAUGGCUUUACUGUCGAUGACGACUCCGCUAAAGACAGCCAUCACCAGGCAGUGGACAUAUCCCCCAGCCGGGUACGUCUGUCAACUGAACGCUUUCUGUAGUUCCGUUUUGAUCUGCAAUACAAUAUUUACUCACACUGCUAUCUCAGUAGACAGGUUUUUCGCCGUGGUAAAACCGAUGAAGAAAAUUAUGACAAGAAAAAAGGCCUUCUCUUCCAUUUUGGGUAUAUGGUUACUUUCAGUUGCCGUUUCUCUUGGGCCUAUAUUAGGCUGGGGUCGCAACGAUUACAACGCUUCAACACUACAGUGCGGUUUUGGAUUCCCUGAGAACAGAAUCGAAGUGUUGUAUAUGAUAUUCCUCGCGGUUAUCGCAUUUCUCCUACCCAUCAUCAUAAUGAGUUACACAUAUAUAAGAAUUUAUCUAGUCGUGCGCCAUCAUACAAGAAGAAUGUCAUCUUCAACAUUCGGUAAUAAUCCUAAAGACUUCGCAAAAAAGCAGCAAAGGAUUGUCUUAACGUUUUUCCUCGCCUUGAUAGCAUUUAUUAUCUGCUGGAUGCCGUUUUUUGUGUUUAUCGCGAUUGCUGCGUCAAUUUCCUCGCGGGACGAAUUACCGCAUGGCUUAGGAUUAGCGGCUUACUGGUGUGGCUUCCUAAACUGCUCCAUAAAUCCUUACUUGAUUGGUCUAAGAAGUGAGCGAUUUCACGAAACAUUCGCACAUGUUUUUUGUUGUCGUUUUUGCUACUGCAAACGGGCUACUGGACGAAGAACUGAGGGAAGAUAUUCUUCCGACAAAACACUUUGCGCUGAAACAAAGAAUCGUACGCUAAUACACCAGACCAGUACACCUUCGCAGCAGAGUACUGGUCAUGUACAAUCAUUCCUGAACCCUAUAGCUAUCAUAAACACAAGUCAAGAAACUAUCGUCAUUCCUUCUCGCGACAAAUGGAAUGAUAACACGAAGCCAAGAAGAUCAUGGAGACAAGAAAACAUGGUAGGAGUUGUUUACCCGAAUUUUAUUCACAUGGUUGACGGAAAGUUGUGGAGUGAAGCCACAGUUUAAAUAAAUGGGCCGGUAUCAACAUGAAGUCCAUGUAGCUUUUGCAAGGCAUAAAAUGUCGUUCAAGUCAUGGAAACCUCAAAUAAUUCGCCAGAGUCGAAACGAGAAAAAAAGUAAUUGAGAAGAAACAAAGAUGUUAACGAAUGAGGCAGACUGAGACAUGUAGGUACUGUAACUGACAAACUAACUUGAAACAUUUAGGGUAUCAUUCAAGAUGUGUCAUCCCUGAGAGAGCUUCUUGAACCUUCCCAUUGGCGCUUGUCAAUUUUGACGAUAACUGUCAUGUUUGUGAGUUAUUAGCGGAUUUCUUGUAAUUCGCUCCCACGGUCAUUGUUUGUUUUGUUUUGUUCUUGGGUGGUUUGUAUGCAUCAUAUCGUUCAGUCAACUAUCCUAGUUAAACUCUGGUGUUCCUAACAUAAGUGCAAAAUUCCAGAUUGGUCGUUAAUAACAGUAGAUUUUCAUGCAAAAUAUGAACUGCGGGUGUAAUGAAACUGGUCCAAAUCGUCACGAAUAUGAUAAAAUAUUCGCCGUGUUAGCGUGUUGUUUCAGUUGGCUGCCCUUGUGUGUUCCAAAUACACACGUAUUGUAUAGGUUUGUGGCACAUAAUUAUCAUAGCGUUUGGUGCAUGGCUGCGUUCGUGCGUCAUAAGCCCUUGACAAGCCAUCGUCAGGCAUCACGUUAAAUGGUUGUGAUCAUAUUGUUCCAUGUGAUCAAAUUUCUUAACUACGAUUAGUUUUUUAAACGCUAUAGGGUGAUUCAAGUGGUGGAAGCGAUCAACUACUUUUCAGAACAAACUACUCGCCCCAAAUGCAUUACUGAUUCCUUCUUAGACUUCAUUUCAUCCACUCCCAAGACAAACAAGUGUGAUGCAAGUGUAAAAAAAAGUAAACAGAAAUAUACAUAAGAUUCCGGUAUUUGCAGUCUCAACUGGAUACGAGAUAUCUAUAUGGUUGCGUUUUUUGGGGGUGAUCUGGAUCACGAUCGUAGUCCAAGAUCAUUCGGAUCAUGGUGCAUCAAAGGAACCGAUGAGUCUACUCUGGUCAAGGAUUCAUCUGCUCCUUUUAAGCACCAUGAUCUGAGUGGUAUUGGAUCACUAAUCACUGAUCCAGAUCACCCAAAAGGAAAACACACUCAUAUGUAGAGCACAAUUCGCGAUAUUCACAAUUUUGAUUUCCUUGAUUUAUACCAUUCACGUAUUCUCGGAAAUGCGCAUUAAGUGGGAAAUUACGUAGCUGACGGUUAGGACGGCACAGGUCGAUGAGGUCCAUGCAUCAUAACAGAGAGCCAAACAAUGAUUCCUGUUACCUCCUACUCAGCCAACAAGAAACUGAAAAUUUUAAUUCCUCUUCUAAGUUUGAUUUAGUUAAAAGUUCUGAAAAUGUUGAGUUUUAAACCCGUGUCGCACGAACAGCGUUCAAUACAUUCGGCUCAAAUUCUUCUGGACAGUUAAUCGUGCUUUUUUCAAUCAGUAUUCAGAGCUGUUUUGGGGGGUUGACCAGACACUGAAUCGUGCAUGCUAAUCAAAUGUUAUUAUGUCACUGGAGUUACGAUCAAAGAAUUAACGGUAUGAUCUUUGAUUUCUAACAUGCAUAUACUCUGUGGUGUUUUCUUGACAAAGCAAGCGAGGACUGUGUGAAGAUAAGUAAUGUUGAAGGAAACACCUUUUUUGCUAUUAAGGAAAUACCUUUUUUUGCUAUCAAGUAACCACCUAAAAAAGAGACUACGAUCUAUGGUCUAUGAUCUAUCAUCAUAGUUUCUUGGUGUGAAUAAAUAGUUUUGAAGUAAAGUUCCGAAAAUAACCAUAA